UGUCAACAUGUUCCCUCUGAUCAUUCAGUCAGGAAAUAAAAAUGCAGUUUAUUUUGCACGAUAUCUUGAGGAACUUCUGAUUGCGUUAUAGCAUCAGCUUUCAACUCCACCCCUUAUUUCUGCCAUAUCAGUGCCUAUUCUGGUAGUCUCUCUAUCUGUCCAAGUGUCUUUAUAGAGAAGAGCAUCAGAAUUUCCACAGCUCUCCAUCGACUGCACAAACACACAGUGUCUUUAUAGAGAAGAGCAUCAGAAUUUCCACAGCUCUCCAUUGACUGCACAAACACACAGAUUGUUGAUAAUGGAUAAAGAACAGUUCCCCCCUCCAUAUCCUGGACCGCCAAUGGUCCAGAACAAUGUUACCUACCAGAUGCCGCAGGUUUCCUAUCAAAGCCAACAAAUUCCAGUGGCCACAUACAAUCCACCACCCCCCCAGACGACUGUCGUGACAUCUAACAUCCAAAUGACCCAGCCAUCUGGCAUGGGUCCAACAACAGUUUACAACCAGCAGCCCGUCAUGUCCACUGUCCCUCAGACUGUCCAGUCUGCGCCUGCCCAGGUCACAGUAGUUAUUCCACCACGUCUAACUGAAGUUCCUGGGCAGAUGAAAUGUCCUCACUGUCAGCAGCAGGUCGUCACAGAGACGACAUACAUCAAUGGGAUGAUGGUGUGGGUCAUCUGUGGAAGUCUUGGCAUCUUAGGGAUCUGGCCGUGUUGUUUGAUUCCCUUCUGUGUGAAUGCCUGCAAGGACGUAGAGCAUCACUGUCCAAGCUGCAAAAGCCUCAUCUAUGUGUACAGGCGCAUGUAGCUUGUUCUUAAGUGUUCUUAUGUUUAUCUGACCACACCACAAAAGAUUCAUUUGCUUUAUUUUCAACUUAUUGCAACUAUGUGUAACUGAUCCUACUCAACUUGCUUUGAAACUAAACCACACAUAACCACACAACCACGCAUAACACAAUCCUUUGAUUGGAAAAACUAGCUAAACUACCCUAACACAAGGAAGUCAUUGACAUGCACAGUAAAACCUUGCUGUAAAAAAAGGCCAUAUUCUGACAAUAACACCAUUUUCCAUUAGGAAAAAAUGCAUUCUGGGUAAUAUUUGUCAUUUUUGAGAAAAUGGCCUACAGUUAACAUCGCUCAAAGCCGACACUCAGAGGCUGUGUUCUAAAUCACACCCUAUACCCUCAUUCACUUAGCCUGACUACGUCAGACUUCCUACUUCCGCUCAAUUUCAUUUCGCUUCUGUACUCAGUCUGAUACAGCGUCAGAGCUUUGUGUUUGCCACCGGUCUGG